AUGGUGAGGACAAGAUUUCCUCACGCUGAGGACAAGUAUUCUCAUGCUGAGGAAAAGGUUCCUCACACUGAGGACAAGGUACCUCACACUGAGGACAAGUUCCUCACCCAAGGUUCCUCGGUUCCUCACGCUGCGGCCAAGGUUCCUCACGCUGAGGACAAGGUUCCUCAUGCUGAGGACAAGGUUCCUCACGCUGAGGACAAAGGUUCCUCACGCUGAGGACAAGGUACCUCACACUGAGGACAAGGUCCCUGAGGACAAGGUUCCUCAUCUCACACUGAAGACAAGGUUCCUCACGCUGAGGACAAGGUACCUCACACUGAGGUCAAGGUACCUCACACUGAGGACAAGGUUCCUCAAGCUGAAGACAAGGUUCCACAUGCUGAGGAGAAGGUUCCUCACGCUGAGGACAAGGUACCUCACACUGAGGACAAGAUACCUCACACUGAAGACAAGGCUCCUGAGGACAAGGUUCCUCACACUCAGGACAAGGUUCCUCACUCUGAGGACAAGGUACCUCACACUGAGGUCAAGGUUCCUCGCACUGAGGACAAGAUUCUUCACGCUGAGGACAAAGUUCCUCAUGCUGAGGACAAGGUACCUCACACUGAGGACAAUGUACCUCACACUAAGGAAAAGGUUCCAUACGCUGAGGACAAGGUUCCUCAAGCUGAGGACAAGGUACCUCACACUGAGGACAAGGUUCGUCACGCUGAUGACAAGGUUCCUCACGCUGAGGACAAGUAUCCUCAUGCUGAGGACAAGGUUCCUCACGCUGAGGACAAGGUACCUCACACUGAGGACAAGGUUCCUCAGCACUGAGGACAAGGUUCCUAACGCUGAGGACAAGGUUCCUGACGCUGAGGACAAGAUUCCUCGCGCUGAGGACAAGGGUCUUCACGCUGAAGACAAGGUACCUCACACUGAGGACAAGGUUCCUCAUGCUGAGGACAACGUUGAGGACAAGGUUCCUCACGCUGAGAACAAGGUACCUCAAACUGAUGUCAGGGUACCUCACACUGAGGAAAAGGUUCCUCCAGCUGAAGACAAGGUUCCUGAAGCUGAGGACAAGGUUCCUCAUGUGAGGACAAGAUUCCUCACGCUGAGGACAAGGUACCUCACGCUGAGGACAAGGUACCUCACACUGAGGACAAGGUAGCUCACACUAAGGAAAAGAUUCCAUACGCUGAGGACAAGGUUCCUCAAGCUGAGGACAAGGUUCAACCUCACAUUGAGGACAAGGUACCUCACACUGAGGACAAGGUACCUCAACGCUGAGGACAAGGUUCCUACACGCUGAGGACAAGGUUCCUCACGCUGAGGACAAGGUUCCUCACGCUGAGGACAAGGUUCCUCGCGCUGAGGACAAGGUACCUCACGCUGAGGACAAGGUACCUCACGCUGAGGACAAGGUACCUCACGCGGAGGACAAGGUACCUCACAAUAAGGAAAAGGUUCCUCACGCUGAGGACAAGGUACCUCACACUGAGGACAAGGUUCCUCACACUGACGACAAGGUUCCUCACGCUGAGGACAAGGUACCUCACACUGAGGAGAAGGUUCCUCACACUGAGGACAAGGCUCCUCACUCUGAAGACAAGGUUCCUCACGCUAAGAACAAGGUUCCUCACGCUGGAGACAAGGUUCCUCACGCUGAGGACAAGGUUCCUCACGCUGAGGACAAGGUUCCUCACACUGAGGACAAGGUUCCUCACGCUGAGGACAAGGUUCCUCACGCUGAGGACAAGGUUCCUCACGCUGAGGACAAGGUACCUCACACUGAGGACAAGGUUCCUCAAGCUGAGGACAAGGUUCCUCACGCUGAGGACAAGGUUCCUCAUGCUGAGGACAAGGUUCCUCACGCUGAGGACAACGUACCUCACACUGAGGACAAGGUACCUCACACUGAGGACAAGGUUCCUCACCCUGAGGACAAGUCCUCACGCUGA